AUGUCACUACCAUCCUCGAAUAUCCUUCUUGAUCCCAUACCAGAGAUCCGCGCAGCGUUGAAAUCCAACUCGUUCGGAAUAUCUUCAUCUCGCAUAAUAGAAGAAAGUUCGUUUCCUGUCACCCAGCAGGACUUGAAAAGCGUCAAGGACGAGUCCAGAAGCACUGGUACGACCAGUGUACGCGUAGUUGGACGAGCGGAAUUUCAGCUCUUGGGUGAGGAAGGGAAGGUUGGAGUGAGGUUGGACAGGAGUGGGUGGACCGUCGAAACCAUACAAGAAUCGUCAUCUUCUCAGAUACAUGAAAAGCUCAACAAAACGUACGAAAGCUUGGAAUCCCUAUUGAUAGAUAUUAGUGAAUUGUAUGUCAGAGAGAUGAACAACGAGAUAUGGAAAAGGUUCGGGAUGGAUAAGCACGAGGACGGUCAGCAACAGGAGAAUAUAUAG